AUGGGGAAGUCGGAAAGCGCAGCGGGCAUGGAGGAGAGAGCCGGCUGGUCUGAGCUGAAACACCGGGGCUUCCUGGAGUGGGGGCUGCUGCUGCUGCUGCUGCUGCUGGUGACCAGUGCCCUGGUGGCCCUGGGCGUCCUCUACGCAGACAGCAGAGGUGAGCGAGGGCCCCCUCUGUCAAGUCUCCUUAGGUUCCUUCUGGAAGAGCGGACCGUUGUACAGCGCAGACCCCGAGCCGUCCAAGAGUCCGGGGAUCCGGAGGACGUCUGCACCACCCCCGGCUGCGUCAUGGCAGCUGCCCGGAUCCUCCAGAACAUGGACCCUACCGAGGAGCCAUGUGAUGACUUCUACCAGUAUGCAUGUGGAGGCUGGCUGCAGAGCCACGUGAUCCCCGAGACCAACUCCCGGUACAGCGUCUUUGACAUUCUUCGAGACAAGCUGGAGGUCAUCCUCAAAGCGGUGCUGGAGAAUUCCACCACCAAGGACCGGCCGGCCGUGGAGAAGGCCAAGAUGCUGUACCGCUCCUGCAUGAACGAGAGUGAAAUAGAGAAGCGAGACUCUCAGCCCCUGCUAGACAUCCUGGAUGUAGUGGGAGGCUGGCCGGUGGCCAUGGAUAGGUGGAAUGAGACCAUAGGCCCGCCGUGGGAGCUGGAGCGGCAGGUGGCUCUGAUGAACACGCGGUUCAACCGGCGCGUCCUCAUCGACCUCUUCAUCUGGAACGACGACCAGGACUCCAGCCGGCACAUCAUCUACAUAGACCAGCCCACCUUGGGCAUGCCAUCCCGGGACUACUAUCUAAACGAAGACAGGGGUCAGAAGGUACAGAGAGCUUACCUGCAGUUCAUGACAUCAGUGGCCACCAUGCUGCGUGAGGACAGGAACCUCUCCAGGAACAGCCACCAGGUGCGUGAGGACAUGAUGGAGGUGCUGGAGCUGGAGAAGCAUCUGGCCAAGGCCACCGUACCCCAGGAGGAGAGGCACGAUGUCACCACCCUGUACCACAGGAUGGACCUGGAGGAGCUCCAGAACAAGUUUGGCCUGAAGGGAUUUAACUGGACUCUCUUCAUACAAACUGUGCUAUCCUCUGUCAAAAUCGAGUUGCUGCCAAAUGAGCAAGUGGUGGUCUACGGCAUCCCCUACCUACAGAAUCUCGAAGACAUCAUAGAUGUCUACUCGCCCAGGACCAUGCAGAACUACCUGGUCUGGCGCCUGGUGCUGGAUCGCAUCAGCAGCCUGAGCCAGCGUUUCAAGGAUGCACGAGUGAACUAUCUCAAGGUGCUGUACGGCACGACAGUGGAGCAGGUGCGCUGGCGGGAGUGCGUCAGCUACGUCAACAGCAACAUGGAGAAUGCCGCAGGCUCCCUCUACGUCCAGGAGGCCUUCCCCAGGGACAGCAAGAACGUGGUGAGAGAACUCAUUGACAAGGUGCGGGCAGUGUUCGUGGAGGCCCUGGACGAGCUGGGCUGGAUGGACGAGGCGUCCAAGAAGAAGGCCCAGGAGAAGGCCAUGAGCAUCCGAGAGCAGGUCGGCUACCCUGACUACAUUCUGGAGGAGAGGAACAAGCACCUGGACGAGGAGUAUUCCAAUCUGAACUUCUCAGAGGACCUGUACUUUGAGAAUGGUCUGCAGAACCUCAAGGCCAGUGCCCAGCGGAGCCUCAAGAAGCUGCGGGAAAAGGUGGACCCAAAUCUCUGGAUCAUCGGGGCCGCGGUGGUCAACGCAUUCUACUCCCCAAAUCGCAACCAGAUUGUGUUCCCUGCCGGCAUCCUCCAGCCCCCCUUCUUCAGCAAGGAGCAGCCACAGGCCUUGAACUUCGGGGGCAUUGGGAUGGUGAUAGGGCACGAGAUCACGCACGGCUUCGAUGACAGUGGCCGGAACUUCGACAAGGAUGGCAACAUGCUGGACUGGUGGAGUAACUUCUCAGCGCAGCACUUCCAGGAGCAGUCGCAGUGCAUGAUCUACCAGUAUGGCAACUACUCCUGGGACCUGGCAGACAACCAAAAUGUGAACGGAUUCAGCACCCUCGGGGAAAACAUCGCUGACAACGGAGGGGUGCGGCAGGCCUACAAGGCUUACCUGAAGUGGGUGAGGGAAGGUGGCAAGGACCAGCAGCUGCCCGGACUACAGAUGACCCACGACCAGCUUUUCUUCAUCAACUAUGCCCAGGUGUGGUGCGGUUCCUACCGGCCCGAGUUCGCUGUCCAGUCCAUCAAGACCGACGUUCACAGCCCGCUGAAGUACAGGGUGCUGGGCUCGCUGCAGAACCUGGCCGCCUUCGCGGACGCCUUCCACUGCGCCCAGGGCACCCCCAUGCACCCCCCGCAGCGGUGCCGCGUCUGGUAG